AUGCCAGCCACUCGCACGGAAUCUAAGCAAGCCGGUCGCUCGGCUACACACCAUUUCCCAGGAAGCGUCGACGUACGUCCAGCAGACUCAGAUAUUGUCAUCCUCUCGUCCGAUGACGGCUCCCCCCUCCGAAAGAAGGCUGCAGUCGAAAGAAAGACCGCUCGACAGCGCGCCAAGCAAAAGGCCCGAGCACCACUCCCGCCAUCCUCGGAGAUCAUUGAAAUAUCCUCGGACGAUGAUGAACCUCCAGCUAAACGCCGCUCGUCUGGCUCUAUGACUGCUCUCGAAUGGCGGGUGAAGGAGUUGGAAGAGGAGAACAAAAAGUGCAAGCAAGCCGUCUUGGCCUCUCAGGCGGCGCUACAGGCGCGAGCACCACUGUCCUCCAAUCCCCUGGCGAAGGAGGGAGCACCUGUGCCGGACGUUAAGUUCGAUAAGUUUCUAUCAACAAUAGACGAGCACGUUAGCUGCGAGAUAUGCACUAUGAAAAUGUGGAAUCCCUACACGCUCGCGUGCGGACACACGUUCUGCAAGGACUGUCUCCAGGACUGGUUCAGUACUACGCUUGCGCAGCACAUGGCCGCCCACCCACACUACAACCCGCAGGUCGUCGUGCCUCCACAUUGGCGCGCUGCUCUGGCCCGCCCGAACUUGUCGCCUCUGGAUCGGCGCCACAUCGAGCGGGAGAUCCAGAGGCAUGCGGAGGCGACCCCUCAACCCGCGUACUCAUGCCCGACGUGCCGCGUGGAAGUUCGCAACAAGCCGGCGGAGAACUUCAUCGUGAAGCAUAUGGUGCGCACCAUCGCCGGUGCCCAGGGCGAGUCGUGUCCGAAAGACAACGCGCCUCCUCGCCUAGUUGGCCAAGUCGUCGAGGGACCUUGGGACGCCUUCUUCCCGUUCGCCUUUGGGUUUUCGUAA